GGAUCCCGCGUAUUUCGUAUUUUAACUCAGUACACUGUUCAGAAUGGCCGCGUUUUUACUCCUUUUCUUUCCGAUCGAUGAUACUUUAUUCAUAAAAAGAACAAUCGAGUUUCCAUGCAGCCCAAAUGAAGUGUCGUUGGGAAUGAAGAUAAAGUGUGUCUUCCAAACGAAGGCACUAAAUGACAGUGGUCGUGAGAGCGAGUCGCAAGAGGAACGUGAAGGCUUUGUAGUUUUCCAUUCAGCUCGAAAGAAGACUUGUAUUGAUAUACAAGAAAAGUAUGAAAAACUAGUUGCAGCUACACCAAAGCUGAGAAGACUACAAAUUCUUGUAGCUGAAGGUGAGAAAGAUAUGAGAGAUGCAGACAAAUGUACAAAAAGAGGGGCACCUCAGAAGUCAAUACAGGAGAACAUUAAUGAAAACAACCAAACUGUAACCAAGGGUUUAAAAAGAAAACAAGAGGCAAUGUUAGAGGAAAGUUCUAAACAAAUUAAAACAGGUCUUGAAAGGACGGUGGCUGUGAAAGAAAAAGAGAAACUGGAAGAUAGUCAACAAAUACCCACCCAGGAAUUGAGUGAUCAAGAAAUAAUGUACAUGGCUAUGUUAAGAGGGUUUGUCAGAAAAAACAAAACUGUAGAGUUGAAAUGUCAGCAGAUAUUAUCUCCAUGCACAAGUCCAAACCAUGUUCAGUCUGUCUGUAUUAGGGAUACAAACCUUCCACCAAGUUUCAUUAAACAAGAACAAGACCUCCCACAAGAACAUACAGUAUUCAGUAGUAGUACUCGGCCUGAUUCUCCUCUAAGUCCUGGUGAAUCUGAUAAUAUCAGAGGUCUAACCCCUCUGCCAAUUUUCAUUAAGCAAGAGGAAUAUCUCCCUAGUCCUUGUCAAUCGGAUAGUAUUAGAGGUCUAACCUCUCCACCAAUGCUAAGUUUCAAUGAGGAAGAUCUCCAAGGACGACAACCUGACCUUGAUGUUUAUCAGCCUUGUAUAGAAACUUCACAUCAGUUGUCAUUUACGGAACAGGGGCUUUUUAAUCCAACAGAGUCUGAGGCAAGCAGUGCUACAUCUAAUGAUUUGCACAAUGCUGGCACCUCCUCCGCAUCAGAAAGUGUUGGAGACUCAAUGAACAUUAUCCUCAAUGACGCUGCAUCUAACAUACUUGUAUCUUUGCAAGAGGAGAACCAACGUCUCAGAGAUGAGAAUGCUGCCUUGAUUAGAGAAAAUGCAUUGAGAAAAACAGGUAGUGUAACUGGGAUCACUUGGCAACACAUCAAUACCCUCCGAGAGUUGACCGGAAUCUUGGAAUGGCACACACAGCCCAGCCCAGACUCUGAAGGUGAACUGCCGUCAACACCUGUUAGGAAUUACAAUCAAGAUUCUGGAUACCUAUCUACUGAGAGAGAAUGUAACCCUGUGCAACAUUCAAUUCCAUUGUCUGUCAGGAAUAAUGCAAACAGGAUAUUGCCUGACCCAACGUCAUUAUCAGUUAGGGAUAACACUGGCAGAACAUUGCCUGAACCAACGCCAUUGUCAGUUAGGGAUAACACUGGCAGAACAUUGCCUGAACCAACGCCAUUAUCAGUUAGGGAUAACACUGGCAGAACAUUGCCUGAACCAACACCAUUGUCAUUUAGGGAUAACACUGGCAGAACAUUGCCUGAACCAACGCCAUUAUUAGUUAGGGAUAACACUGGCAGACCAUUGCCUGAACCAACGUCAUUAUCAGUUAGGGAUAACACUGGCAGAACAUUGCCUGACCCAACGUCAUUAUCAGUUAGGGAUAACACUGGCAGAACAUUGCCUGACCCAACGUCAUUAUCAGUUAGGGAUAACACUGGCAGAACAUUGCCUGAACCAACGCCAUUAUCAGUUAGGGAUAACACUGGCAGAACAUUGCCUGAACCAAUGUCAUUGUCAGUUAGGGAUAACACUGGCAGAACAUUACCUGAACCAAUGUCAUUGUCUGUCGGGAACAGUUCAAACAGAACAUUGCCUGAACCAACGCCAUUAUCAGUUGGAGAUGACAUUGGCAGAACAUUGCCUAAAUCAACGCCAUAUUCUAUCAGAAAAAAUGUGGGCAGAACAUUGCCUGAAACAACCCUAUUGUCUGUCGGGAAUAGUGCAAACAGAACAUUGCGUGACCCAUUGUCCAUUUCUGUCGGGAAUAGUGCAAACAGAACAUUGCCUGAACCAACGCCAUUAUCAGUUGGAGAUGAUAUUGGCAGAACAUUGCCUGAAUCAACGCCAUAUUCUAUCAGAAAAAAUGUGGGCAGAACAUUGCCUGAACCAAUGUCAUUGUCUGUCAGGAAUAGUGCAAACAGAACAUUGCCUGAACCAACGCCAUUAUUUAUCAGAAAAAAUGUGGUCAGAACAAUGCCUGAACCAAUGUCAUUGUCUGCUGGAAAUAGUGCAAACAAAACAUUGCCUGAACCAAUGUCAUUGUCUGUCAGGAAAAGUGCAAACAGAACAUUGCCUGAACCAACGCCAUUAUUUAUCAGGAAAAAUGUGGGCCGAACAAAUCUUGAACCAAUGUCAUUGUCUGCUGGAAAUAGUGCGAACAGAACAUUGCCUGAACCACAACCAUUGCAUGUAUCGUCUUGCAGUCAUAAUAGAUUCAGUCUGCAAGCAGCAGUUAGUGAUCAGUCUGAAUCCUAUAAAAGAGUUCUUGUUACCGUGAAAGAAAACCCAGACCAAUUCGCUGAUGUCAAAGUGCCUACAUUAGCAUUGUUCAAAGCAGAAAUGGCAGCUUUAAAGUCUAAAGAUUACUUUGGUACACUUCUGAAUGAGCUGAUUGACAUCUUGUUCACAAAGCAAGAACUGAGGAUCUCUGGUGGACUUGGACUGAGGAAAAACAAAGAUACCAAGGAUAGGUUACCUUUAGAUAAACACCGUGUAGAUGCUUUAAGAGUAUACCUGCAAGCAAAAGCUGAAGAACAGAAUAUUGCCAUGACCUUAAGUAAAAAGUCAUUUAAUGUGAAGUUCCAAAAUAAAAUCUGCAAUGCAAGACGAGACUUUGCUAACAACUAUAUGAAAUUAUUAAACAGAUGAACGCUUGAUUUUAUAAAACAUUUGUAUUGUGGCCUUUCAAAAAUUUGUCUUGGUCAGUGAGUGAUAUUGUAAUUGAAUAAUGUGCAAAACAAAUAGUUUCUCGACACAGUGUGUACCAGAUAUGCCAAAAUAAAAUACUUAGAGAAUACCAGACAUGAAAUAGAAGCUAAAUUAGGGACGACGUCAAAAGAUCGAUGUCGGAUAAAAAAUUUAAUUCCUCUAGUUUUUUUCCA